GGGGCCGGGGGCGGGCGCCUGCCCCUCCCCCGUCACUUCCUGCCGGGCUGCGGGCGCCGGAGCGGCUCUUCAGGGUUUGCGCCGGCGGCCGCCGCGUCUCUCUCGGCUGCCGCUUCCUUUGACCGCCGCCCCCCCCCCCGGCCCGGCGGCGCCCGCCUCCUCCACUGCCACUCCGCCUCUUCCCUCUCUUCGUCCCUUCUUCCUCUCCCUUUUUCCUUCCUCCUUCCCCUCCUCGCCGCCACCGCCCAGGACCGCCGGCCGGGGGACGAGCUCGGGGCAGCAGCCAGGUAGAACUUUAGACUUCAUAGCACUGAAUUAACCUGCACUGAAAGCUGUUUACCUGCAUUUAUUCACUUUUGUUGAAAGUGACCAUGUCUCAAGUUCAAGUGCAAGUUCAGAACCCAUCUGCUGCUCUCUCAGGGAGCCAAAUACUGAACAAGAACCAGUCUCUUCUCUCACAGCCUUUGAUGAGUAUUCCUUCUACUACUAGCUCUCUGCCCUCUGAAAAUGCAGGUAGACCCAUUCAAAACUCUGCUUUACCCUCUGCAUCUAUUACAUCCACCAGUGCAGCUGCAGAAAGCGUAACCCCUACUGUAGAACUAAAUGCACUGUGCAUGAAACUUGGAAAAAAACCAAUGUAUAAGCCUGUUGACCCUUACUCUCGGAUGCAGUCCACCUAUAACUACAACAUGAGAGGAGGUGCUUAUCCCCCGAGGUACUUUUACCCAUUUCCAGUUCCACCUUUACUUUAUCAAGUGGAACUUUCUGUGGGAGGACAGCAAUUUAAUGGGAAAGGAAAGACAAGACAGGCUGCGAAACACGAUGCUGCUGCCAAAGCAUUGAGGAUCCUGCAGAAUGAGCCCCCACCGGAGAGGCUGGAGAAUGGAAGAGAAUCCGAAGAAGAAAAUCUCAAUAAAUCUGAAAUAAGUCAAGUGUUUGAGAUUGCACUUAAACGGAACUUGCCUGUGAAUUUUGAGUCUUUCCCUCUGAAACAGGUGGCCCGGGAGAGUGGCCCACCCCACAUGAAGAACUUUGUGACCAAGGUUUCGGUUGGGGAGUUUGUGGGGGAAGGUGAAGGGAAAAGCAAGAAGAUUUCAAAGAAAAAUGCCGCCAUAGCUGUUCUUGAGGAGCUGAAGAAGUUACCGCCCCUGCCUGCAGUUGAACGAGUAAAGCCUAGAAUCAAAAAGAAAACAAAACCCAUAGUCAAGCCACAGACAAGCCCAGAAUAUGGCCAGGGGAUCAAUCCGAUUAGCAGACUGGCCCAGAUCCAGCAGGCAAAAAAGGAGAAGGAGCCAGAGUACACGCUCCUCACAGAGCGAGGCCUCCCGCGCCGCAGGGAGUUUGUGAUGCAGGUAAAGGUUGGAAACCACACUGCAGAAGGAACGGGCACCAACAAGAAGGUGGCCAAGCGCAAUGCAGCCGAGAACAUGCUGGAGAUCCUUGGUUUCAAAGUCCCGCAGGCGCAGCCCACCAAACCUGCACUCAAGUCAGAGGAGAAGACACCCAUAAAGAAACCAGGGGAUGGAAGAAAAGUAACCUUUUUUGAACCUGGCUCUGGGGAUGAAAAUGGGACUAGUAAUAAAGAGGACGAGUUCAGGAUGCCUUAUCUAAGUCAUCAGCAGCUGCCUGCUGGGAUUCUUCCCAUGGUGCCCGAGGUCGCCCAGGCUGUAGGAGUUAGUCAAGGACAUCACACCAAAGAUUUUACCAGGGCAGCUCCGAAUCCUGCCAAGGCCACGGUAACUGCCAUGAUAGCCCGAGAGUUGUUGUAUGGGGGCACCUCGCCCACAGCCGAGACCAUUUUAAAGAAUAACAUCUCUUCAGGCCACGUACCCCAUGGACCUCUCAUGAGACCUUCUGAGCAACUGGACUAUCUUUCCAGAGUCCAGGGAUUCCAGGUUGAAUACAAAGACUUCCCCAAAAACAACAAGAACGAAUUUGUAUCUCUUAUCAAUUGCUCCUCUCAGCCACCUCUGAUCAGCCAUGGUAUCGGCAAGGAUGUGGAGUCCUGCCAUGAUAUGGCUGCGCUGAACAUCUUAAAGUUGCUGUCUGAGUUGGACCAACAAAGUACAGAGAUGCCAAGAACAGGAAACGGACCAAUGUCUGUGUGUGGGAGGUGCUGAACCUUUUCUGGCCAUGAACCAUUAUAAAAUCCCAACAUAUAUACUGAAUAUACUGAAACUGCUUUGAAAAUUUGGAAUUUCUGAUACCUCCAGUGGGCCGAGAGACACGGUGGGUAAAGGAUGUGGGCAGCAGCAGGGAAGACAACAGAAACACGAGGAGGCGGCUGUGGCCGGGCUGGACUGUGCUGGGGUUUGUUGUGAUGGCCACUCGGUGACCUGGCGGUCCCUACGCAAUAGCAGCUGCCUGUGGGGAAGAAGGGCUGCCCAGCUAGCUGGUUCUCCCGGGACACCAGCAGAUCCACACCCUGGGCACCUCCGUGUUUGGUCUUUUUUUUCCCCCUGUGUGAAAGAAGAAACGGCACGACCCCUUCUCAAGCUGGCUCACUCAGACACAUUGGGACAAACCCUGGACAGCCAUGCCAGAGAGAGGCCUUUGACCGGCCCCAGAGCUAAAAGCACCAGAGAAAAUCAAAUGCUUCCUACUCAGCGUGACCCAACUUUUCUAGUGUGCUAUGGCCCCACCACCUCCUGCAGUACCCACACCAUCACCACUGCUUUCUCUUCCAACAGUGAUCUGUAUUCUUAGUUUCAUUAUUUUCUUUUGAUUGAUAUGACACUAUAUAAAAUUUUCAUUUGUGAAUUUCUCAAUUGUAUCUAGUUAUAUAGCACAGUUUGGAAACUUGUCUGAGACUGACUUUAUCAAUAAUCUAACCGACAAAGAUCAUAUCCAUGUGUAUGUGGUUAGACAUUUUUAUUUCAUUGACUAACCCAGGACAGUUUCAGUGAUGCAAAUUGUGUGCCCUCUGGUUCAGCUGAAACAGUCCUGGACUUUCAGAAACCUUGAAUAAGUCUCCCACAGUUGUAUAAAUUGGACAAUUUAGGAAUUUUAAACUUUAGAUGAUCAUUUGGUUCCAUUUUUAUUUCAUUUUUAUUUUUGUUAAUGCAAACAGGACUUAAAUGAACUUUGAUCUCUGUUUUAAAGAUUAUUAAAAAAAACAUUGUGUAUCUAUACAUAUGGCUCUUGAGGACUUAGCUUUCACUACACUACAGGAUAUGAUCUCCAUGUAGUCCAUAUAAACCUGCAGACUGAUUUUCCAGAGUGCUCGAUACUGUUAAUUACAUCUCCAUUAGGGCUGAAAAGAAUGACCUGCGUUUCUCUAUACAGCUGUGUUGCUUUUGAUGUUGUGUUACUGUACACAGAAGUGUGUGCACUGAGGCUCUGCGUGUGGUCCGUAUGGAAAGCCUGGUAGCCCUGCGAGUUAAGUGCCGCUUCCAUUCAUUGUUUACGCUGGAAUUUUUCUCCCCGUGGAAUGUAAGUAAAACUUAGUGUUUCUCAUCAAUAAAUGGUAAUACUAAAGUUUUUUUGUUAAUUUAUUCUCAAAUGCCACUACUGCUAGGUUGGUCCCCUCCCAACUUGCCCCUAUCCUUUUUUUAUUUUUAAGAAAAAACUUUGUAAUGCUUGUGAUUCCGUCUGGGCAAAAAUCUGAAGAUCUGAAAUAACUUUAUAUCAAACCAUUGAUCAAUAAACAGCUACUAAUGAA